UUAAUUGUUAAAAUGUUUAACAAAAUGAACUGUUGGAUAAAGUUUUCAAAACUUGUGAUCCAUACGGCUAUUAUUGUGACAUUUUUUGCGGCAAUCUAUGAAUGUGUUAACUUUGACUACAAUAAUCCAAUUGCUCAGACAUUGUACGGUCAGGUCAGAGGAAAGCCAUACACAUUGCCGGCCACAGGAACGGGAUUUAAUAAACAAGUUAUUGCUUUCAUUGGUAUACCCUAUUCACGGCCGCCAACCGGUUACGAUAGGUUUAAUCCUCCUCGAAACCCUGAUUCGUGGUCACCGGAUAUCAAAGAUUGUACGGGAAAUCGGGUAAUGUGUCCGCAAGUGGAACAACGGUUUGAAUAUACGUUAUCCGAGACUAUACUCGAGUCCGAGGAUUGUCUACAACUUAACAUUUAUGCCCCGAUCUAUUCCAAUCAGUUUACAGUUCAGUUGCCAGUACUCGUCUAUUUUCACGGCGGAGAGUUUAAAUACGGUGGCAAAGACUUCUUUAAGCCGGACCAGCUCUUAGAGAGUUCACUUAGUGAUGGCAAUGGUAUUAUCAUUAUUACUGUUAACUACCGGUUGGGACCAUUAGGUUUCAUUUCCGCCGAUGACAUCAAUAUUCCCGGAAAUAACGGCAUUAGAGAUCAGUUACAGGCGUUGCGAUGGAUUAGUGAAAACAUUGGUUCAUUCAAUGGUAACUCAAACAAUGUGACAAUUAUGGGUCACGAUGCCGGUGCCAUUUCCGUCUCUAUGCAUGUCCUCAAUCAGGAGGCGUGGCCCUUUUUUCAAUCUGCCGUUUCGAUCGGUGGAACGGUAUUCACUCCGUGGGCUUUUAAAGAUAAUCCUAAAGAUCAGGCCAUGAACUUCGGUAGCUUUUUUGGAUGUGACAUACGAACCGAUAAACUGUUGGACUGUCUCCGCAAUCAGGACUGGAGUGCACUGAUGGGCAAAUCCAGGGACAGGGAUAUGGACCGCAAUUACGAACCGUAUUGGUUUCGACCAGUGGUCGAUCGUAACGUGUCAUCGUCAGCCAUAUUGAAAGACUGGCCACUAAAUCUGUAUCAAAAUAGUCUGUUUAAACCCUGUCCUUAUGUUUUGGGUUUCACUAAAGAUGAGGGAACGUUAGAAUUUUACCUACAAAAAGCAAGAGUAGAUAAUAGACAGACUAAUGAAGAGAAAAUAGCAUUUCUCAUUAGGCCUUUCCUUAAGGAAUGGGCUUCGGAAGACAUUAUAGCGUCGGCAAUAUAUUACCAAUAUUUUGCACGCAAUCAAAGUCGUGUGAAUGUAGCCCUAAAUCCCGAUCCAAUGGGUAAUCUCGCUCCGGGAAUGAACAACCGAUUAUCAUACGGUGUACUACCAAACAACCGAAACCCGGCCCCCUAUCAGGGAUCCAUGUCUAAUGUGAAUACACAAUAUCAAGGGGGGACAAUGGAGUUUCAAAAUGAUAAAAUAUUAUCUGAAAUGCUGGGUGAUUUUCUAUACCUGGCACCCACCGACUAUGUGGCCCGACUGCACUCAGCAAUGGGCGGUAAAGUCUGGCUAUUUGCGUUUGAGUACGAGGGCAGCAAAUCAUUCGGACCCAUGCAAAUCAAAGCUACACCAAUAUCCCGUCCCGCCUAUGGUGUUACCCAUAUGGACGACACAUUUUAUGUUUUACCUAACGAGUAUUCACGUGACAAUCCUGUCCAGGAUGCUCAACUGACCAAAUGGUAUACCGGACUGUUUGUCACACUUUCCAAACUCAAUACAAUACCCACCGGAUAUGGCAGCUCUACAGUAUUCAAUUGGCGUCAGUAUACACCACAAACACCAAGUUAUUUACUCAUUUUUCAAAGGGCUGGUAUUAUGCCUACAUUUAAGGAGGCGCGCAACCCGUUAGAGGGUUAUCGUACACAACAGGCAGACUUUUUCAAUGGAUUUAUCUAUAAAUUGCAGGAUAAGACCAAAGUAUAUCCCAGUCCUUUCCCAUACUCUGAGUUUAAGGGUUAUCGGGCGGCCACGUGGUCACUGUUCGGCUUUAUUGUGCUUUUAUUAGUCAUAAUCAUAGCACUGGCAGCUGUACUGUGUUUCAAGAGACGAAAGACCAAUGAAUUGAAACUUUUGCGCCGAAAUGAUAAGGAAAUGGAGGAAAGGUUUAAUACAACAGAUUAUUCCGAAAAUGAGAGAUUAUAA